AUGCUGAUUUCUUGUGUAAUAUGUGCUGAAAAAGCUAUUAAGAUAAUACUAUGGUCUAUAGCAAGGGGAAUUGCAGAGCUAGUGAACCAUCCUGAGAUUCAGAGCAAGCUAAGGAAGAAAUCGACACGGUUCUUGGACCAUGCGUUCAAGUCACAGAGCCUGACCUUCACAAUCUUCCAUACCUCCAAGCUGUGCUCAAGGAGACACUUCGUCUAA